GGAUGGGGCAGUGGCACCAGGGCACUUGUGGUUACAGGGCCCUUUGUGACAUGCUGUGACAUAGGCGCUGCUGAUGGGAUGCCAUGUGGCAGUGUGUCACAGGGCCUUUAUCUAUCCACCAUUAAAUGGGUGCUGGCAACAACAGCCACAGUGCCUGAAGAAUGUGACAGGACAAGGACACGAUGAAACAGCACAGGACUCUGUGAGGAUCCCCCGAGCAGCCACCUUCCUCCUUGCUAACCUUGUGUUUUCUGUAGACUUCUCCUGCCCCCAUGUCCAGAGCCCUCAAGGCCAGACAGCAGGAUGGCAGAGGGAAACCUUCCAGUGUUCCUGGGCAAGCCUGGCUGAAGGAGGAGGAAGAGGAAGGCCCAGGGGCUGCCCCAAAAUGGCCUCCUGAAAAGAUGGAGAAGUUCCAGCUGGUGCAGGCAGACCCAGUUGAGGACCUGACAGAAGACCAGAAGCGCACCCAAAGGCGUUUCAGAAAGAGAGCUCAGAAGUUUUGGAAAUACGUCAAGAAUGAUGAACAGGAAGAUACCACCAUUGCAGCCAUUGAGGGCAUGGCACACUGUGACCCCUAUAAUGCUGAGGCUUGUGCUGCCAUGCUGGAUUUGCUUGCACAGACGGAAACCUCCAAUCUGAAGCAUGUGCCAACCAUUGUGAAGUUCAUCCACCGGUGGCUUGUGUCCAACAAAGAUGUGUCUUCUGAGCACAGACUGGACAAGUCCCUUCUAGAGCUGACCCAUGCACACCCCAGCAAUAUGGUUGUGACCCUCCUGUGCUCUGCCCCUUCAUGUGAAAGAGCUGCUCUGACCAUGUGGAAAGUGCUCAUUUCCUCGAGCAGGACUGCAAAGAUGGUGCUGUCAGAGUUGCCCUGCAUCCUGGAAGACUGGCCGGAGCACAGCACAUGCACUUCUGAUGGGGACAGAAAGAAAGUCUUUGCCCUGACUGCAACCAAGGCACUGUGGGAGAUCAUCCAUCUGCCCUUAUCCCCAGAGGAAUCGAUAGUUGCCCCCUCCCUCUUUGUGGCUCUGCUGGUCCAAGUUUUCUGCAGCACAGAGCAGAUGCCAGAAUACAUCAAUAUACUCUGGAGGAGAUGGCAGAAGAGAGAGCACUUUCCCACCAACCCCAAAAGGUGUUCCAUCCCAGUCUUUCUGUCUCUCCCAUGCCCCUGAAGCUUGUGCCAGGGCUUUCUGCAUGAUCAGAGCUUUGCUCUGCACACAGGUUUGUGGUGCUGACAGUGAAAGCACUGCUCUGCCGUCUGUGGCUUGACGAUGUGGUGUUGGCAGUUGAACGUAAGAGAGGCUGGGACACACUCCUCAAGAAUGACACCCACCACUAUGCAGUGGGCCUGUUGGCCAGUUCCUGCAAUACCUUGAAAAAGAGGAAAUGGUUGAUACGAUCCUGCAGCUCAUGUCAAGCCAUCUGCAGAGUGACUGCAAAGAAAUGCGUCGCUUGGUGCUUAGAGGCCUCCUCAUACUCUGCAAGGGUCCCUGGAAGGCGAGAAGAGCUGGCUGAACAUGUGCUGGCAAGCAUGGGGCUGGGUAGGGAAUGCUGGGUGACGCAGGACCUAGAAUCUGGCUGGGCUCUGAGGGCUGUGCCAGCUGCUCCCAACACUUCUGCCUCCCCAUGGAGCUGCCCAAGUCCUUUGGAGCAGACCUCUGCCUUCUGGGCCCCAAGGCUGCAGCAUGGGUUGCACCACCAGAACAGUUUUGCUGGAGCAGCCUUCCAUAGCUUUGCAAUACAGCCUUGUGUUCCACGCAGGCUGGAAGGUUGCAGAGUUUUCCUGAAAGGCUCAUGGAACUGCUGAAGGAUGAGGAUGGGGAGCUGGUUGGGCUGACUCUCUCUGUGCUCAGGAAGAUGCUCCAGGACAACAAAGUGGCAAUUGCCAUCCCCAUUGGUCUGCAGCUGGCUGAGGUGCUCCGGCCACUCUUUGACAAUGUAAGACUGUACCCUCUAUCGUGGUGCUAUGUGCUGCCAGGAAACUUUGUGCCCUGUGGACUUUCAGGCCCCUGCCCAGGUGGGCCUGGAAUACCCAAUGCUGAGGUUUUGCCCCCUUCCUUUCCACCAAGACACCAGCCAAGUGCAACUUUUCUCCAUUUCCCUCUUUCAAGAGAUGAUAGUCUACCUAAAGAAAGAGGGAAAAGAUUCCCUGAAGAAAUGUGUGCACCAGAGUCUGCUGCCACUCUUCUACCACCUGUAUGAUGAGAACUGGUGUGUGGCAAAGGCCUCUCUGGAAACCCUGCUUCAAGCGACCAAGUUUCUGAAGAAUAGGAAGUUCAGGAGACUUCUGGAGAGUGACCAGCUAUGGAGAUGUAGUGAGUGCCUGGUAGGGAUGUUUCUAAAACCUGAAGCACAGCCUGAACAAGCCCUCUGCCCUCAGUACCCAAGGCCUGUGGGGCUGGUAGCUGUGCCCCUGCCCACUCCUGCACCCAUUGCCAGCAGCCUGCACCCCACAUGCUGCUUCUUCCUGUCAGCCUGUCAGCUCACAAACUCUCUCCCAGACUCCUUCCCCCACAAUCCAGGGCACCUAUGGAGUCCUGGUCAAAGUUGUUCUUUGGCAGCAGACUGGCACCGAGGUUUACUAUGGAGGGAAGGCAGCCCUCUGCUGCCUUCAAACUCUGGCACCAUCCAGCUGCUGGAGUGUCUGAGCAGGAGAGCCCAGUCCUGGGCACAGGUACCAGCUGGCCAAGGCACAGGGUCUGUACCAACCUUCCCUUCCUGCCCUUGCACUGUCUCCAGCUGGUGGAGGACAGAAACACAACAGAUGAGUACUGGUGCCAGUCCCUGGCAUACCUGCAGAGUUCACAGGAGUCCAUGCGAGAGAUGGCCAUCAAGUUCAUUGGUGAGACACAGCCCUGGCUGCUGCACUGCCAACAGGAUUUAGCCCAGUGAUUUUGGAGCCCUGGCUCCCUGGUUCAGGGCCACAGUCCCUUGAGGCCACUGCUACCCUCUGUCACCCUGUAGUCUCACAGUUUUUGAAGGCCCUGGGCCCAGCCCUGCCAGGGGAGGAGGAUGUGUGUCUGAGCUGACAGCACUGGUGUGGGGGAGCUGAGUCACUGGGGCCAUGACAGCUCUGUGUUCCCAGGCCUCAUUGGGCAGCGCAUGGGGGAACAAUGGCAGGAAGAGUUCCAGAUCAUCUGUGAUGCCCUUCUAGGCAUGGCAAAUGACAUCAGCUCUUCUGUCUCAACCCUGGCAGAGCACACACUGCACAGCCUAAGAACUGCACACAGAAAUCGAUUGCCUGACCCAUUGCAGUUGGUACAAGACCAGCUGCACAGGCUGCAUAGGACAUAACCUUCCCUCUGGGUCCAUGGCUGGCCAUGCUUUGCAAGCUGUGAGCAGAGCUGAUUCCAGCAGCUCUGUCUGCUGGGACCACCUCAGCCUACAGGAAGGCCAAGUGGGUCCUGACCUCUCCUGACCCACAGGACAGCUUUUUUUCAUGCCAGCAUGGAAAUAAAAAACCUGGAUUAUCUUA